AUGGCGAUGGCUAUCAUCAUUCGAUUGGUACUGCUCAUACUUCUUGAAAAUGUUUGUGCACAGACGGAAUCGUCGAGUUCUAGCACAUCAACGGCUACUACAGUCACUUCAACUAUUUCUCCAAUUAGUACCACGAUUACUACGCUAUCUUCACCCGCUUCUUCUACUUCUGCGAUCACUUCGUCCAGCUCUCUGUCUCCAACGACAUCUAUCGCAGCUAGUUCCACAUCUACCUCUAGAGCGCCUACGACUACUCCUCCAUUCACGACCAAAGCUUGGCCCAGGCCGAAUUGCGGGAAUCCGAGACUCACCAACACACAGAGAGGUAUAUUUCUGGACAUGCACAAUAAUUUUAGAUCGAGUCUCGCAAAAGGAGUUACGGAAGCCAGCGCUGGUUGGGGCAUAGCACCUCCUGCAGCUAUAAUGUAUAGGAUGAAGUACGACUGUGAUGCUGAGUCCUAUGCGCAGCAGAUUGUAAGCACAUGUAAAAAGACACCAACACCAGCUUAUGCUCUUGGAGGACAUAAACAAAACUUACACGUGCUGAACACGGUUCAGACAACGCCGGAAGGAGCUAUACAGAACACUAUGGUCACGUGGUGGAGCGAACUGGCCAAAUAUGGCUUCAGAUCUAACAUGCUUUUCUUCCCGAGCGAACACAAUCGUGGAUCUCGAAGUGUGCUAAAUUGGUCGAAGAUGGCUUGGUGGAACAAUCGGCGCGUUGGAUGUGCAGUACAACAUUGUGGAACAUACUACUUAUCAUGCAUGUACAGCCCCGGAGGCAAUUACGACCAUGCUCACGUUUACCUUAUCGGAGCUGUGUGUUCGGAUUGUCCAUCACUAAGCUGUGAUAGCCAGAAACUCUGCCGUUAA